UAAGAAAGGACAGCACGCGCGUUGUUGUUAAGACCAUCGAACGUUACUCGAUUCUCAAAUGUAAAGAAUCGUUAUAAAUAUUUAUUAAUUGUAGCAACAGAAUGUAGCUACGAAAUUGUUGCGUCCAUGUAGUUAGAAAACAUAUUUUCCAUGAAGAAUCGCGUGAUCCUUUUUUGCUCGCGAAAACAUAGUCGAUCUAAAUCGAUCAUGGGAUCAAGUCGAUUACGAUAAAGUUAUCGAGUAAAAUUGGUGAACACUCUUUCCGUUGGAUUCGUUCAAUUACAACUCGAUAUCUUUUUCAUUUUUGUUUCUUUUUUAUUAAUGGUGAAGAAAUAUUGAGUUCACGUAUCGUAUCAAACACGUGACAUUGAGAACAACCUGCAAACAAUUAUUUGCACCAAUCAAUCGUAAACAACGGAAAUAUAUCACCACGUAAGUUGCAUUAAUUACAUGUACAACUUAAUCUUUCCGAAUGAUGUCAGUCAAUUUUCAUCAGAAACACAGUUUUCCUUGAGUGUUUUCUGAAAAUUUUUAAACGUUCAGCAUUACUUUACGUAACUUCGAAACGUAUCGUCUUUUUCUUAUUAAUCUCAAAACCUAUCAGCCAUAACUACAUCCUCAGCGUCAUCGGCAUCAUCUCGAGAAAGAGGGAGAGGUGGUUCGUUGCUUUUUUUAUUUUUUUUUUUUUUAACAGAUAUGAACUACAGCAAUCGUUUGUUGGUAAUUCGCUUAUCAAUCAAUAUUCUUAAUGGUAGUUAUUUUUUUGUAACUAAUCCAGACGUUGCAGAGCAUAAGGCAAUAACGUAGUUACUUUAGCUCAGUACCAGAUUACCCAGAUGGUAUCUUUUCAAUGCAUCUUCUGGAAUUAACUAUGAAAAAUAAUAACGGUAUCUUUACGUCACCGGUAUUUUUUCCCCCUUUUUUUUAUUCCUUUAAUCGAUACAUUCUGCAUCAUUCCACGAUAAUGAAACAGUGACGAAAAUAAGACGUUCCAUUGUGUGUGCAUACAUGCAUAAAUGUACUCUUGCACUGGUAGCGUUCACCUCUUAAGAUAUUAUACGAUAAUACGUCAAACGCUUUCCCAAUUACGUUCUGUUUACAAAUAAAAAAGGCAAAGCGAAACGAAAGAAAGAAAACAAAGUAGAUAACGUAAAACCGAGGAAAAAGUAACUGAAAGAAUAAAAAGGAAAUGAAACGGUAACGGGAGAAUGUGAAAUAUUUAACAUACCGAGGGUAAAAGAGGAAAUUGGUAAAUUUAUUGUUAAAUAUUGAUUUUAUAAAAGAAAAUAAGAGAAUCUUUUUAAUGAUAAGUUCAAAAAUUCAUAAUUUAUAUUGGCGCGAAAUAUGGUAGCAUAUACUAAAUAAGAUAUGAACACUAUGCUGCAAUAAUUUGUAUCAGAACAGAGCAUAAAGUUUUUAAAAAUGAGAGACUUAAACAACGCUAAUUACAGUAUUUCGAAAAUUGCUGGUAAUUUUUAAAAUAAUGAUUUUUUACACUAGUUAUAUUUGUUACACUGUCAGGGUGCGGUAUUUCAUUUCUGUACAGUUGGUAGUACUUCUUUAAUCCUUAUUGUUACGUUCACCACUUACAGACAAACAAUUUGUUAAUUUAAAUUCGUUUAGAUAGAUCCAUAUCAAAAAGUUGUAAUUAAUAGGACAUUAAAAAAUGUCCUGUACUAUGUCAAGUUCAAUCCGUUCAUUUUAUAUGAAGUAUUUCGACUUAAAACGUUCCGUUUUCUAAAUGUGCCGCCACCCACUGUAGUGACGUGACUAACACUAACAAAAUCUUAUAAUCACGUUCGAUGUCCUAUCGAUAGCAGACCAACGAGUCAUGUUUUGAUGAUAAUCACAUUAUAAAAGUGGCUGGUUUUUCUUCCAUAUUUAUCUUAAUCGAAAAAAUCGUGAUAAAUAGUAAAAGAGUACGCGGUAAAAGCGCGAGACUACGCGCUAAAAUGAGUCUCAGCAUAACAAAGUUAUUUUCGCGAAAGAAAACCGGCACAGUUGACACAGUCGCUGAAAUUGGACCUCCCACUAACGUUUCCCAUAAAUUUCAUGUAAGUAAAAAUGCUGAAACUGGACAAUUGGAGGGUCUUCCCGAGUCUUGGAUUCGUUUGCUCAACACGCAAAUAACAAAGUCCGAACAGGAUGAACAUCCUGCCGCGGCCUUGCAAGCUAUUAAAUUUUACAAUUAUUCGAUUAAACGAAAACCCGAGGAAAAAGUAUUCAAACCUUUUGUUACACAAGAUUUAAUCGAAGAAGAAUCGCAGGAAAUCGAUAAAAUCUUAUCAAAGAAAUAUCAGUCUGGUGAUUCUGAUGGCUCAAUUUCAGCACAUUCUACGGAUAGUCAGGUACAGUUACCAGAACUUCCACCCAAAGUGAACAAAGCUCCAAAACCCACACCACGAAUAUGUCCUGAUAGAACAGAGAAAACUCUUACUGAGAUUCUUGAGGACUUAAAUACCUAUCAGAUUGAUGAUGAACAAUUACCUGAAGAUGACAAUACGGCAAAUAUUAUUGAGGAAAGUCCUAUUUUACGAAGGAAGACAGAGUAUACAGGUGUGAAACUCAGCGAUGAAGAGGUUUUUGAUGAACUCAGAGCUAUUUGUCAUAAUGGUGAUCCAAAUUUACGCUUUGAGAAAACUAAAGAAGUAGGAGCUGGUGCUUCUGGUACUGUAUUUAUAGCUACUGAUUUAAUGGUUGAUCAAAGAGUUGCUAUUAAAGAUAUAGAUAUGUCUAAACAACCAAAGAAAGAACUUAUAUUGACUGAAAUUAAAGUGCUCAAGGAAUUUCAGCAUCCAAAUCUAGUGAAUUUUUUGGAUGCGUAUCUUGUUCAUGAUCAUUUAUGGGUUGUUAUGGAAUUGUUAGAAGGUGGACCACUUACAGAUGUUGUUACUGAAACUGUAAUGAAAGAUGCACAAAUUGCAGCAGUUUGCAGAGAAGUUUUAAAAGCAAUUAGUUUUCUUCAUACAAGAGGAAUUAUUCAUAGAGAUAUCAAAUCAGAUAAUGUACUUCUUGGUAUGAACGGUGCUGUGAAAGUUACAGACUUUGGUUUUUGUGCAAAUAUUGAUGGUGACGAGAAAAGACAGACUAUGGUUGGAACUCCCUACUGGAUGGCACCAGAAGUGGUGACAAGAAAACAGUAUGGAAAGAAAGUGGAUAUCUGGUCUUUAGGUAUUAUGGCUAUUGAAAUGAUAGAAGGUGAACCACCUUAUAUGAAAGAAACACCUUUAAGAGCCUUAUAUUUAAUUGCUGCUGUUGGUAAGCCCUCCAUUCCUAGAUGGGAAACGCUAAGUCCAACAUUUCAGAACUUCCUAGAAAGAUGUUUAGCAGUUGAAGUGGAUGAAAGGGCAACUGCUGAUGAAUUAUUAUCUCAUCCAUUCUUGGAAAACUGUGCAGAACUAACAACUCUUACACCUUUGAUACGAGCAGCACAAAGGAUUCUGCAUAAAGCAUUUAAUUAAGUAUUCUUAUUUCAUUCUUUUAAGUAGAAGACAAAUAUUAAAUUUUGUAUUGAUAUGCAUUUAUCUUCUUGAGUAUGUGUGCAAAAUUGCACCAGUCCAAUCGUAUAAUACCGAGGUAUGAAAGUAUUUUUUAUACUGCAUAAACAGCAGAAAUUAUAUAUAUGCAAUGCUGUGGUUUUAUACAUUUUAUAUGACCACCUACUAUAUGUAUGUCAAUAUGCUACCAAAUUUAUAGUAGGGGCAGAAUAAGAUAUAAUAGUAAUAAUUUGUAGGACUCUAUUCUAAUAAUAUGUUUCUCUAUUCUAAUAAUAUAAUACAAUGUAUAUGCUAAAUUAGUUUUUAUAAUUUAAGUCAUUAACAAAAUUAUUAACGUAAAUUAUUAAUCAUCAUUUCAUGUGCAAUAUCUAUUGCGUAGAUUCUACAUUUUUUUUAAUAUAUUUUUGAUCUCUUUCACUCAAAGAAGUGCAAUCUAUUACAUUACAGUAGUAAUUACAGUAAUCAUUACAGUAAUUACAGUAAUAAACUAUUACAGUAGUAGGUGCAAAAACAGUGCAAGUCAUAAUUAUUGUGCUAAAGAGAUACAUUUGGUGUUCUGUGUUAGAUUAAGAUGUUAUUUUGAAAUUGCUUGCAUUUAUCAUAUAACAAAGUAUGAGUUGUAUAACAUUUUUAUUAAAGUAUUGUACUUAGAUUAUAGAAGAACUGAAAGUGCAAGGUAUGUGCACAUAUUAUCAAUCAGGGGUUUAACAGUAACUUAUUUUACAUUUGAUAAUCAUCACUGUGGAAAGUAAUAAUUACAGUUUAAUUAUAGUACAAAUUAAAUUUUAAACUAAUAACAUUAUCAAAUUAACAUUUUAAGUAUAUACAGUGUAUUUCAUUUUCUUUAUCUGCUUUUUAUAUUUUUUAAACUGCAUUCCUUUACUGUUUAGAAUUUUUGUAGUUUAUUAAGUAAAAAUGAUUAUGCCAUACAUUUGAAAUCAAACAGAUUACAUAUAAAACAGGUAUUGUAGUAUGUAUUAUUUAAUACUUCUUUAAUCUUCAUUAUUCAAUUCAAACAAAGAAGGUUACUUUUUGAGAAAACUUACAUAAUCUUUCUUUGGAAGAAAAUAUAAUAGUGAGAAAUUGAACAUUUUUGUUCAAUGUAAUAAAUACAUGUAUUAAUAAUUAAGUAUUGUAAACGAUGUAACAUACCGCACAUUAUAAAUUUCAUUUUUUCUAACGUUUUUUAAAAGAAUUAUUAUUAGCUAUACGAGAUUUUAUUGAAUUUUAUAAAAAAAAAACUUUUUGAAAAAUUUUAUACUUGUAUUUUAGAACAUAAUAUUGCUCAAACAAACCACCAAAUUUUUUAACAAGUAUUAUACAAUGAAUUAUGUAUAUAAUUUUGUAUUUACAGCACAUUUUAUGAAAAAGACCUAAAAUUAUUAUCUACAAGUAUUUAGUUAAAAGGUUCAGCACUAACAUAAUGUAAAAUCACAUCUGUGAUAAAAAAAAUUAAGUUCUAUUGUAUUAUAUUUCUAUAUUUGAUAUUGUCAUAAUUCAAAGGUUGAAGAUUUAUUCAUUUAGAAAGGUUUAAUUUAAAAUGGAUUAGACUUACACAGUCAUAACACGUGUGCCUUAUCAAAUCAGUACAUAUGGUCCUAUGGUUACAAUCUUAUCAUUUGUAACAAAAUGGAAAAAUAAUAAAUGUAAUAACGGUCUUCUAAUGAACAAUAAUUGUGAAAAAAUGUUUCAAACCUUUCUUAUAUGUCAUUUUGAAAUAUAUGUGUAAAUGAAAACAUCACACAUCAUUUUAAUAAUAAAUAUUUUAUUUACAAGAUA